CAGACAUUAAAAAAACUCAAAUCAAAAUUCAAAUUCCUAAAUUAAAAUAAGAAGAAGGAAAAACAAUGAUGACCUCACCUUCCUCUCGCUCUCCCUCUGCAACAACCACACCGCACCACCACCACCACCGCCAACACUAGUAACGACACGUCGUUCCUUCACAAAAUCCGAUUCGAAAACGCGACAGCCGACGAUCCCCUCUCUAUCGCAACUUCUCUUUAUAUUACAUUUUCUUCUGCCUAAGUAAAAAUAUCAAAUUUCUCUCAUUUCUCUCAUCAAUUUCCUCGAGAACCAAACAGAAAACUUCGAUUUCUUUCUCUCUCUCGGUAAUUUCUCUCAGCUGAUACCUGCCUCCGACUUAGGUUUUUUUUUUUUUGCUUCGAUUUCGAUCGGGCGUCUCAGUUCGGCAUUUCAAUUUUUAAUCACUCAGACCAGUGAAAAAAAUUGGGUUUCAGAUUUCGAAAUUAAGGUUUUUGGUCAUUUAUAGGGUUUAACAUUGAAUUCCAACUUUGUGUUUUUAGUUAGGGUUAUCUUUGAUUAUCUGAUUUGGAGAGAGGGAGAGAUAAGUUAGGGUUUUAUGAUGGUAGAUAGACAAUGGUGAGGCUAUUAGGAUUAACUCGUGGAGAAUCAGAUGAUUCUCCACGAGAGAUUACCUCGAGGACGACUCCUUUAACUAGUGAGUCAGGUGAGAGUGGAUGGUUAAUUAGAUUUUUUGAUUCAGCUUUCUUUUGUGAGUGGAUUGCAGUAAGUUAUCUAUAUAAGCAUGAUCAUGCUGGGGUUCGGGAUUAUCUGUGUAAUAGAAUGUAUACAUUGCCCUUAUCGGGUGGCGAGAAUUAUUUGUUUCAAAUUUGUUAUAUGAUGAUACAUAAGCCAAGCCCGUCGCUUGAUAAGUUUGUUAUUGAUAUGUGUUCCAAGUCAUUGUUAAUAGCUUUGAAAGUACAUUGGUUUUUGUUGGCGGAGCUUGAAGAUUCGGAUGAUAAUGAUGGGAUUAGUAGGAUUCAGGAGAAGUGUCGGAUUGCUGCUACGUUGAUGGGAGAGUGGCCGCCAUUGUUGAGGCCACGAAAUGAAUCUUCAAGUCCUGGGAGUAAGAAUCAGGUUCUGAGUAGACUCUUGUCAUCGAAGCAGAAGUUGCUGUCAUUGACUUCUUCUCCACCUCCGCAGAAGUCCAUUUCGUUUUCACCCUCAUCGGGGAAUGGUUUGCAGGAGGAUGGGACUGGUAGUCAGCUGUCACCGGAUGAGAAUAAGCUUUUUAAGAAGUUUAUUCCUGGUUCGAAGGUUAGAGAUGCAUUGUUGUUUAGGAAGUCAUUUGAUAAAGAUGAUCAGAAGGCUAGAGAUGCUUUGUUGUUUAAGAAGUCAGCUGAUAAAGAUGCGGAAGAGGGGGAAAAGGAUGGAUUUUUCAAGAGGCUUAUGAGGGACAGUAGUAAACGUGAGGAUGAGGAGCUGACACAAAGUUCAGAUGGGUUUUUCAAGAGGCUUAGAGGUAGUAUUAAAAGUGAGGAUGAGGAGAUGACAUCCGGCUCAGAUGGUUUUUUCAAGAGGCUUCUCAAGGAUAGUAGUAGAGGUGAGGAUGAGGAAGUAACUUCGAGUUCCGAUGGCUUUUUCAAGAAACUGUUUCGUGAUAGUAAGGGUGACGCUGAUGACAAGUUGGUUUCUAAAUCUUCAGAGGAUGACGGAAAGGAGGGGUUUGUUAAGAAGUUUUUUAAGGAUAAGUUUGAAGACAAGAAAGAUGGAAAUGAUCAGAAUGAGGAUGAAGAGAGGUCAAAGCUUGAAGAGAAAGGUUCAAAAUCUGCAGAGGAUGAUGAAAAAGAAGGGUUCUUCCGGAAGUUGUUUAAGGAUAAGUCCGAGGACAAGAGAGAUGGGACCGAGAAAUCUGAUGAGGGGGCUACCAAUUUUGAGGAAGAAGAACCUUCGGACUUUUCCUUGUUUCGUAGACUGUUUCGGGUGCAUCCUGAAGAGGUAAAAAAUACUGGUGCAAAUGAAAAUAACGGUAGUAGCAGCUUGUUUGAAAGCAGCCCGGGUACUGAGAAUUUUUUUCGCAAACUGUUUAGAGAUCGUGAGCGCUCAGUCGAAGACUCUGAGUUAUUUAGUUUCAAGAAGAACAAAGAGAAGCAUCCUGGAUCACUGAAUCAACAGAAUGAGAAGUUGAAUACAAAGCCUCCGCUUCCAAAUAACACUGCAUCACAGUUUCGGAAAGGGGCUUAUCAUGAGUCAUUGGACUUUGUGAUGUCGUUAUGUGAGACUUCAUAUGGUUUGGUUGAUGUAUUUCCUAUUGAAGAUCGUAAAAGUGCUCUUUGUGAGUCACUGGCAGAGAUCAACGUGCAUUUAGCUGAGGCUCAAAACAGUGGAGGAGUUUGCUUUCCAAUGGGAAAAGGGUUGUAUCGUGUUGUUCAUAUACCUGAAGAUGAAGCUGUUCUUUUGAAUUCUAGGGAAAAGGCACCUUAUCUGAUUUGCAUUGAAGUAUUGAAAAGUGAAGUGCCAAGCAAUAGCAAGGACACAUCUGGUGCUCAAAACCUUUCCAGAGGAGGAAUUCCUCUUGCAAAUGGAGAUGCAUUCCUGCCGAAGCCACCUCCUUGGGCUUAUCCUUUGUGGACUACCCAGGAAAUGUAUCGAAAUAGUAGUGAUAGGAUGUCCCAAUCAACCGCUGAAGCGAUUGACCAGGCAAUGUCCCAUGCAUCUGAAACAAAAAUGAAAUUUGUUAAUGUGAAUCUUUCUGUGGAGAAGAAAUUACCUAGCCAGUCAACUGUCAUUGAAGCACCUAAACUAAAUUCUGGCAUCAAUUUUAUGCAUCAAAAUGCUGCACAUUGUAGUGAUUUGGAAUGGGUAAGGGUAGUGCUGACAGCAGAUCCUGGAGUUAGAAUGGAAGAUGUAGGGGAUGAAGGGGCGCCACGACGCAAGGAGCAUCGUCGUGUUCCUAGCACGAUUGCAAUAGAAGAAGUAAAGGCUGCCACAGCCAAAGGGGAAGCACCUCCUGGACUACCUCUGAAAGGGGCCAGUCAAGUUUCAUCAGAUGCACAACCAAAUGUUAAUGGUGGCAAUCCCAAGGCCAGUGAUGCCUUAUCUGGUGAACUUUGGGAGGUCAAGAAAGAGAGAAUACGUAAAGCUUCAGUAUAUGGGAAACUACCUGGCUGGGACUUGCGCUCUGUUAUUGUGAAGAGUGGUGAUGACUGUAGGCAGGAGCAUCUUGCCGUGCAACUCAUUUCACACUUCUAUGAUAUAUUUCAAGAAGCUGGUGUCCCUCUUUGGUUGCGUCCUUAUGAAGUUCUUUGUACUUCAUCAUACACAGCUCUUAUUGAAACAAUUCCAGAUACGGCUUCAAUCCAUUCUAUCAAGAGUAGAUAUCCGGACAUCACAAGUUUGCGUGACUUUUUUGUUGCCAAGUAUGGAGAGAACUCCCGAAGUUUUAAGCUUGCACAGAGGAACUUCGUUGAAAGUAUGGCUGGAUAUUCUUUAGUGUGCUACCUUUUACAGGUGAAGGACAGGCACAAUGGGAACUUGUUAAUGGAUGAAGAUGGCCACAUUAUACACAUUGAUUUUGGCUUCAUGCUCUCUAACUCUCCUGGUGGUGUAAAUUUUGAAAGCGCACCCUUCAAACUAACCCGAGAACUUCUUGAGGUCAUGGAUUCUGAUGCUGAGGGAAUUCCAAGCGAGUUCUUUGACUAUUUUAAGGUUUUAUGCAUUCAAGGCUUCUUGACAUGUCGUAAGCAUGCAGAGCGUAUAAUUCUCCUUGUUGAGAUGUUGCAGCCGUUUCAUAAACUAGGCACAACACAUGCUGUUUUGGGACCAUAUGUUCCUGAGGCAAACAUCAUGAGACUGUUUUUUACAAGACUGCUCCUGGAUUGCACACUUGAUGGGUUAUUAUGUGCGUUAGAAGGAAAAGGUGGGACAAGUAAAUGUUUAGGUGAGACUUGUUGACCCUUUGUGGAAAAGCAGGAUCUUAAGAAUGGGAGUGGCCAGCUUUAUAUGGUUUUCUGAUCUGUACCAGGUAGGCUGGUCGUUAACAUAUGCCUCUUCUGGGGUCAUGAGUUGAGAUCAAAACCUUGUGGGAGUGGUUAUGUUGGAUAUUAUAGGUUUUUGAACCUGUCCUUGCACCUCUAUACCCAGAAUUUAUCCUGGGCAUGGGCUAUCUACGUUCCCCAUCCUCUUUCCAAUUUUCCAAAUUUUCCAAUCCUUUAUCUGUCUGCUUCACAAAAUCCCCCAGGUUCCAUUGGCUUUCUCUUGCCGAAGUCUGCAUUCCCGCACAUUGUCAUUUGUUUGGUUUCAGAGGCACUCGAGCUUGUCAGUUUCUUUCUAUAAACCUGCAUGUUUUCCUUUGAAAUUUUGGUUCAUUGUCAUUGUUUAAUUUUGUGGCAAUUUGUCUAUGAUAUUCAUUAAGCCUUUAGGUUUAUUGCCUAUACAAUUGGUAAAGAAAUGAGGAAGAAAGUUGGAAGUUUUUUUAUCUCCCUCUCUCUCUUUUUUUUUGUACUCCAUGCUGUGGAUUAUUGUUGCAAUGUGUGAAUUUUGGAUUUGAGCUCCCAUAAAUAUUUUACCUCUGAUUUCUUUUUCUCUGAUAUAAAGUAUCUCAGCCUGACCUAUCAACCAAACCUGAUCUGUUUCAACUUUAAUAGUGCUGUUAUUGUUGAAUCAGUAAAAUCUGUUUGGACUGCUCAUCCCCAAUAUGUAACUGGGAAUUUGGGUUGGGGAGUGAUGCUUGAGAAGUGCCAAACCUGGCCUGUUGUCACUAAAGUUUGAAAUAGGACAAUUAGUUUUACUUGUUCGUAUUUAUUUGAUAGAGGGAGAAAGGAGUACAAAAUUUUCAAUCGAACAAAAUUAUGUAUUUUCUUUGGAGGGACCUGGCUUUACCAUGCUGGUGCUUUUAUGUUUGCAAUAACAAUGCUCCGUUGACUGAAGGCACU